AGUGGAUGAAGAUAUUGAUGGAGUCGCGCAGUGGUUGGGUGACAUUUCAGGUCCCGCGACCCAAUCGGUGCUAGUCUCAGCGAGUGCCGAGCCGGGCUCAGAAACCUCAUCGCAGCAUCCUCAACUGCACCCGCGCUCCGAACGCUGCCCCAUCCCGCAAUCCAUCUCCCCUCUACCCACCAUGUCUGCAGCUCGUGCCUUCAGCACCGCUUUCCGGGCGGGUGCGCCCCGCGCCCCAAUGGCCGCCCGCUACGCUGCCACCCGAAGCUACGCUGCCGCCGCCGCCCCGACUGGCUCUGCCAACAAGCCCCCGGUUGCCCUCUUUGGCGUCGACGGAACCUACGCGAGCGCUCUGUACACCGCGGCCUCCAAGACCAACGCCCUCGACCCCACCGCGAAGUCUCUCCAGGCGCUCCAGGGUGUUUUCCAGAAGGACCCCAAGCUUACCCAGAUCCUCCACGCCCCCUCGCUCUCCGUCUCGGACAAGCAGCAGAUUGUCCAGGAGCUCCAGAAGCACAUUGGCGGCGCCGACAAGGACGGCAUUGUCAAGAACUUCCUCGGCACACUCGCUGAGAACAACCGAUUGGGCGUACUACAGGGUGUCGUAGAGAAGUUCGGUGUGCUCAUGGGUGCGCACCGUGGUGAGGUCGAGCUGACCGUCACCAGCGCUGCGCCCCUCGACAACAAGACCAUCAGCCGCCUCGAGAACGCCAUUAAGAACUCGCAAUACGUCGCCAACGGCCAGACCCUCAAGGUUGUCCCCAAGGUUAACCCCGAGAUCCGCGGUGGACUCAUCGUCGAGAUCGCCGACCGCACCAUCGACAAGUCCGUCGCCGCAAAGAUGGCCAAGAUGAACAAGCUCCUCAAGGAUACUUUGUAAAUAUAGAGCGAGUGCGCAUGGCGAUGGAUGUGAGGGGUAGGCAUGUGUAUUCUAGAUGAGUCUUGGAAAAGAGCAAUUUACUACCGUCUACCACCUGGCCACGCGCCAUGACCGACUGAUGACUUGAGUUUGGAUUUAUCCAGAAAUGCAUUGGAGCAGCUGAUGAUUUACAAAA